AUGUCUGCAGAGUCACCAACAGAAUCAUCUUCUGAAGGCACAAGUCCACCAGAAACAUCGUCUGGCUAUUGCUUGUGUGUCCCAGAUCCUAAGAUUCCUAGACCUCGAAAUGCUUUUAUUCUCUACCGCCAGAGCCAGCAUGCCGAGGUCGUGAAAGUCAAUCCUGGAUUACCAAAUCCGGAGAUAUCAAAGAUUAUCGGUGAACAAUGGCAGAAUCUUUCGCCUGGGGAGAAAGACAAGUGGAAAGCGUUUGCAGAGCAAGAGAAAGCUCGACACUCACAACAGUUCCCUGACUAUCGCUAUCGACCCAAACGAAGCGGGAAAUAUCAAUCUGCAGGUGCUACUCAAGCUUCAACUCAGUCUGCAAACUGUUCAAAGUGUGGUGGUAAAACGAUGAAUCCUCCUCACACUCCACAUUAUCCGGCUUAUGACCAUCAUCCGCCUCCAGUCAGCGCGCCGAGGCCACCAAAGCGGCCAUAUACCGAAGCUCACAUCCAGCCUCGCCAACAAUCUAUGGUUCAAGUAGGACCACCUCCAUACCCACCACCAAUGCGUUAUAGUUAUCAACCUAGACACGACUCGGUGCACUAUGGGCCACCACCACCUCGAGCACAACAUGGUCUACCUCGAAUGACUCUUGAAGGUCCUGAUGCGAAGAGACGCCGCAUCGAAUCACCUUAUGCGCCAAGACCGUCGUACGACCAUCAAUAUUAUGGUAGGGAGAGAGCAUCGUACCCUCAUCCGGAUCAGCAUGCUCGACAUCCAGUACCUCCUUCAGCUUCUCAUAGACCAAGCCAAGCUGCACCUAUUCCAAUUCGACCGGUUGCAGCUCUGCAACCACGAAGGGACCCAAGUCUGACUUUGCCGCCACUCAAGACGGGCGUUCCACCUCGAGGCUCGAUCGCCGCAGUCUCUCAAACACAAAAGGCAGGUGUCGAAACGACGAUAAUGUCAUAUCCAGUUCUCAGCAAGUUGAAGAUACUGCAUUCAAUCACGCCAGCGCUAGUAGCUCCAGGACCUAGCUCGCCUUCAUAUGAAGUCAGAGGUGCAAUUAUUGCCAUUGAGGGCCUUGACCAUAAGCAAGUGCUUGACAUGACUAACUCUCUGGCUGAGCAGCUUGAGAAAGAAGGCAAGUUUCUGGUCCGAACGUUUCAUGGGCCUGACCCACACGAAGCACUUCAGUCGAACGGCCGUCUGAGUGCUCGUGAAGGAGGCGAACUCAUCACUACCGAGAAAUACCUACGGCUAAUCUCGGACUGGCACAAGGUUAGCAAAGAUUUGCAUCACUUCAUUACACACAAGCCAACCUAUCUCGAGGAGGGUGAAGUCAAGGACCAUGAGAUGGUCGAUGCUCCGGCACAGUCCGCUCGGAAAGAUAAGCUGCCAUUCGAGCGAGAAACCAAAAAGGUAUUCUCGCCAAUCUCAGCAAUUAGUCCUGGAACAACGGAGCAGAACAAUGAGAUGAACUUAGACACUCCGAAGAGAAGUACUCAACCAGAUAUGUCGCUCCGAAUGACCAGAUCCCGCAUUCCGCAAGUCGCUCAAAAUCAGCAACAGGGAACGGUAGAGGCAGCAGCACCUCCUCCACCACCGUCGACAGAGCGACCUCAAACACCGCCUCCUCCUUCAGAGAUGGACUCUCGGAUGGAUGCGGUGGACCGAGCAACAUCAGACCUCAUUCCUAUCGCCCUUGUGCCUAGUUAUCAGCUAACGACUGUCGACGCCUGCUCAAUAGCUCUUCCCAUCUCCGACAACUACGAUCCCCUGACCCACUGGCGCUGGCACGCCACCAUCUGGCGAGGCUGCAUUGGCCCCGAUGUCAGCGUCAUCAUCAGAUCAGGCAACGAGCUAACCGACGAAGACGAUCCAAAGAAACAAGAGACAGCCGCUCAAGAACAUCGUCGCACAGGUAGUGUAGCAACUACCGGUCCCCAACUAAUUGAUCAACCACCAAAAUCAGGUGCACCACCAGCUUCUGCUGCAGCCCCAGCUCCUUCGUCAAGCACUUCGGCACCCACACCAUUUGGCGUCGACGUCCGUCUUCAAGAUCAUAGAGCGGUCGUCGUUCGUGCUGCUCCACCACGUGGCAGUGGCGGUGCUGAUGGUGCGAUUGAUAAGGAAAUCGAAAAGGAGAAUGAGAACUGGGAGAAGGCUAAGAGACGAGUUGGCUUUGAGGUCGAGGAAUGGAUGAGGAGAUGA